AUGGACUCGCAAUCGCCAAAUCCGCCCUACGCCAUCCCUCCACCCUUCUCGCCUCCGCUUUCCGCCCACCGUUCCUCCGCCGACUCUCAUAAACGCGCGUCCAUCGACAUUGACAUGAUGAGAUCCGAUGAUCGCUCUACGAGGGCAGGCAGUGUGCUCUCAGGCAUGUCGAUCGAGGAUAUGGAGGCCGCCGAGACCCUGAACAACCUAUCUCAGAAGUACCAUUCCCCCAGGCAAUCUCACCAACAGCAACCUCCUACCCUUGUCCAGUCUCACACCUCCUUCGACUCAGACCAACCGGAGCCCCUUCUAAGACUCUUUACAAGCCAAUAUCCCUGGGCACGCCCUCUGAUCAAUGGCUCUCUGUCCGCCUAUAAAACUACACAAUCUUAUAUCCCGGGCGCAGAAUGGACUGAGAGGAAUGUUGGCUUGCCGAUCGCAGGCACGGUGGCCAGAAUAUCCGGUGUUGAGGGUGGUCUACGCUGGGCGCUACAACCCAAGCGCGAUGGGAGGCCAUCGAAUAAACCCUCCGAUGUCGAGAAAGGCUACUCUGACGUCUCCUCUGAUGGCACCCACCGUCCAACUUCCGAGGCGGGUUACCCCGAUUCACUGCCCGCCUACAGCGCCGGUGAUCGCUCACCACCCUACACUGAACAGCAGGUCCUUCUCAAAAGCCGUGACGACCGUCAGCCGCCGCCGGGUUGGCGACAACAACUCAUGGUGUCCACAAGCGGCCUGGGCAUUGCCAUGAGUGAAGAGUCCAUUCGAAGCCUACGGUACUGUCUCAGUUGGUUGCGCUGGGCAAACGGGCGACUCGGGGAAGCCAUCCAGAACCUCAAAAAUCUACUCGAGCGGUGGGAUGAAGGCGUCACUCCUGGUGAACAGCCGCCCACCAUGUCCGUGGCGAACGUGACUCAAACUCAAGAAGAGAGAAGACAAGCUGCUCUGUCUGCGCGUAUUGCAGCAUUAAAAGCCGAUGUCCUGCAAACGCUUAAGCACGUUGUUGGAAUCGUCUCGGCAUACGCGGGCGGCGCACUACCCCAGAACGCUCGAGAACUGGUGCACAGACAUCUGAUCAGUCUGCCUCAACGGUUCAGUCUGGCGAACAGGGCAGGCGGGGAAGAGGACCCAGCCAACGGCACAGGCCCUGCGAGUUCUGAAGCGGUCAAGAGUGGAAGGAGAGUCAUGGUUUUGGCCCAAGAAGGUCUGGAUAUGAUGACUCAAGUUAGUCGGGUCGUCAACGAUACCCUUGUCAGCGCAGAGGGCUGGUGUGAGAAGUUGGGCAAGAGAGUGGAUCGGGAGCAGCAGCAACCUGUGCAGCAAGCACCGGUAGACGAGAAGAUGGAGACCGAUGAUCGCGAAGACGGCGCAAGGAUUGACAGAAUCAGGAGCGAAACGCUUGCACCGACUGAAGGUGGGAAGGAAAUCGAAGACGUCAAAAUGACCAUGUAA